AUGAGCGAUGACAAAGCCAAAAAGGUGAAGAUUGAAGGCACGGAAAAGCUGGACAAGGAGGGUCUGAAAGAAGAAAGCGUCGAUGAGGAGGAUCUUGAUGCAAUCUUUGGGGACGAGGACGACUCUGUUCGGUUAUCCAAGACCAAAUUGGAAGGUUCCAAAAGUCAGCUCGAUGUGGUUGUGGGCGAUGGCGAUGAUGACGAGGAACUGGAAGAUGAUGACUCUUAA